AUGGACUCUUUCGCGAUUACGGAGGGGAUCAUUCCCCAACCCGACAACCAAGAGGCCCAGGCCCCUGAUUCCGGGUCCGCCGCAACACUUCCUGAAGGAGCCAACAAAUUCCAGCGUGCCAUUGCGGCCUGGAGAGGCAUCGACCUGUCCAAUACCCUCGCGAAGCUAGACGGCACCGCCUCUGAUAUCGUCGCCGAACAACGAGAUGCGCUGGUACAAAGGAAGGACCUUGCGCAGAAGACGAAGGACUUUCGGAAGCUCGACGAUGCCUCCAAGCUGGCGGAAUACAAAGGCCUUUUAAAAGCCUACCAGGGAUUUAUUGAUCUCUUGACAAACCAAGGAAAAUCCUCUUCGUCCGCAUUCCUACAACUAUACUCGUCUCUGUCCGAGGCCCCGGACCCGUAUCCGCUUCUCGAAACUUCAAUCGACUCGCUCGUCCUCGCCGAAGAAACGGUCCCCAAAUUGACCUCCGAGCGCGAUCAGCUACAGGGUUCCGUUGACCGCCUUACAUCACAGUUGGAGGAAACGGAACAACGGCUUCAAGAAGAGCGGGCCGCCAGGAAGAAGUUGGAAGAAAACCAAGACACGAAGAUCAAAGAGAUUGAAACAUCAUGGUCGGCAGUUCUGACAGAGAAGACCAACAACUGGACGGCCAAGGAGAAGAGUUUAGAGGAGAAGGUGGAGAAUCAGGAACGGUUGAUAAAGGAACUAAAGGCAAGCUACGAGGUCUCGCAGCGACUAGGCCAGAACGAUGAGGGUGGCAACCAGUCCCAGAACGGCGCAACUGCUGCAGAGCUAGAGCUGGUGUCUAGUGAGUUGGAGAAGACUAGCCUACGACUAGCGGAGAUGGAGGGGCGGAACGAGCAAUUGAGGCUUGAGCUGGCUCAAGCUGUUUCUCACUCCAAGGAGGAGCAAGCGACUUCUAUUGAUGACGACCCAGCAUAUCUCCGGCUCCAGUCCGAGAACUCUUCUUUGUUACGGAAGCUGGAUGCCGCACGGUUUGACCGCGAGUCCGAACGGCAUACCUGGGAGGCCAAAUUCUUGCAGUCAGAGAGGCAGUGCUCUAAAGUGGCAGCGGAAAAGGAAGAGUUGAAGACAAGGCUGGAGAAGGUGGCCGAUUACGAAGACAUCCGCCGCGAGCUGGAGAUGAUCAAGUCAAUCGAAUUCUCGGCCGGCGACGACGAAGAUGUUGGGGAUCUCACCGAUGCGGUUGGCGCUAAUGGCACCGUGGAAAAAGCCAAAGAAGGCGGGAAAAACAGCUCCCUGGAACAACUUUUGUUGACGAGGAACAAGAAGCUCACCGAUGAGCUUACAAUUCUGCGCGUCUCGCACCGCGACUUACAGGGCCAGCUUGAAGCCCUACGUGAGGACCUCUCUACCACAAAAGAGGAACUGGAGAAGUCGCAGAGCCUCUCUACCACCCUCGAGAAUGACCUUCUCCGGCUACAACAGGAGGCUGCGAACGCCUUCCCAUCCUCGGCCAUGUCUGUGGCCGGCACAUACACCUCAAAAUACCCCACUUCUGCACGAAGAGGAGUCUCCCCAACAUCAUCCAUCAUCUCCGGCUUCGAUAACUCGGCCAUGUCCAAUAACACAAUGGACGCCAUUCGCGCUGGAGAGCCAGUCGGUGGAGGGUCUGGCCUCUUGCCUAUGAUCCAAGCCCAGCGUGAUCGAUUCAAGAAGAAAAAUUCGGAGCUGGAAGAAGAGCUGUCCAAGCUCUACGGCACGGUGAAGUCUCUCAGACAGGAAGUGGCCUCCUUACAGAAGGACAAUCUUAACCUUUACGAGAAGACGAGGUAUGUCUCAACAUACAGCCGGGGCCAGGGAGCAUCAUCUUCAGCAUCCUCCUACGCAAACAGACCGAGUGCUUCCUCUAUUCAUGCAUCUGCCGAUACUCCCUCCGGUCUGUCGGUCGAUCGCUACCAGUCCGCCUAUGAAGCCCAAAUAUCCCCAUUCGCCGCCUUCCGAGGGCGCGAAUCCACCCGCGCCUACAAGCGGAUGAGCCUGCCGGAACGAGUAGUCUUCUCCCUGACGCGCAUCAUUCUCGCGAACCGUACCAGCAGAAACCUCUUUGCAGGGUAUUGCUUCGCUCUACAUUUCCUCCUCUUCAUGAUGCUGUACAUGAUGAGCACCAUGGAAAUCGAGAAGCACAGUGCGGCAACUCUUGGCGCUACAGCGGGGGCGGCUAUGGGUGCAGGGAGCGGCGGUAGUGCCUACAGCGGACAGCUUGAUGGCGACGACUGGCAGCAGGAGGGAUUUAACCAUGCUAGGUAG